UUGCACCUCGUUCGCCCUUCGGUUCUGCGCCAUGGAAGUGGCUGCGAGCUCGGCGGACGGGGGGUUGGGAUUGGGGGCAGGAGUGGAUGCGUGGGCGGCGGCGUCGCUGGCCAUCGACGGUGGGGAGUCGCCGGAGAGGAGGACGGCGCGGAUGGUGAGGGAGGUGAUCCGGGAGAGCCCGGUGGUUGUGGUCGGCCGGCGUGGGUGCUUCAUGUGCCAUGUGAUUCGACAGCUGCUGGCGGCGGUGGGCGCCCACCCCACGGUGAUCGAGAUGGAGGAAGGCGAAUCGCCCGCCGCCGACGCUGCGGCUCUCCCCGCCCUCUUCAUUGGCGGAGAGAGCGUGGGCGGGAUCGAGGGGCUCAUCGCGCUCCACCUCGGCGGCCGUCUCGUGCCGCUCCUCCGGGAGGCCGGCGCCUGAGACGCCCAUCCGUCGUGCCGUUGAGGUCAAUUGCGUAAUAUCACGGUCUCUGCGGGUGGAGUGCUUUGGAAAGGAUUUGUCGUUACGCACGUUCAUACCUGCCGUUUGAUUGGUUUAUAUAUCUAUGGUGAAACUUGAAUGUAAGGUACACCGUGUGCGUGUCUGAAACUUGUUCGGUUGUGUAUAGAUAUGGAAAAUAUAUAGGGUGUAAGUGACAAAUGUGGACAUGAUACAAACACAACGUCUGUGAAUUCAGAAAUUUCAAGGAGGAUAAUGAAAUAUUUCUUGGACUA